AUGGCAGCAUGCCACACAUCCUGGAGAUCCCGCACCAAUAGUACAAAUUUCAAGAUUGAAGCUACCUCCAGUGGAUAUGUGGCAUUGCCAAUAGACACAGACUGGCUACCAGAUGGAGGGCUCAGAGACAUUCUUGGGCAGCAAUGGUGGAAGGUGAAAAUCGAGGAAUGUUGUCAAAGGGAGUCGAAGGUCAGGCAGGAGUGUCCCAAUAAACAAUGGCAGAACAUCCUCGAAAUCACAAGUUGUAUGCUUGAUGAUUUGGAAGACGAAGCCGGAAUCACUGCCUCCAAUGCUUCAAGUUCUCCAAGCCUAAAUGAUAUUGGGGAUGACUCAGAUAAGGGUGAGGAUGGAGUGCCUGUCGACUCACCAAAUCCCAGCUUCCAUCGGCUAAGUGGCAUGCAGAGCGCAGUGAAUUCUUUUGUUGUAUUUAGACAGGAAAGCCAAACAAGGGUUAAGCCUGCAACAGGGGCUCAAAAGGCAGCAUCUCCAUGGGGUUCAAGGUCCCAGUUUGGCAACUUGGGUGCAGCCUAUUCCCCAUGGAAGUCAAAGGAGGAGUGGGAGCUGGUGGAAUGGUUGUGUAAGAGUGAGUUGUCCCAAUUGGAAAUAAACAAAUUUCUACAACUCGAUUAUACAUGCCACCUUGGUCUGUCCUUCUCUUCAGCAAAAGAGGUGUACGCAGUCAUUCAUGGCUUGCUUCCCAAAGGACCCCUCUUCCAACAUGCAACGAUCAUGUUGAAAGAUGCUCCCGAUGAGCUUCAUGAACUCUACUUCAGGGAUAUAGUCGCAUGCGCAGCCCUCCUCUUCAGCAAUCCAGACUACUGGGAGGAAAUGGAUUAUGAACCAGAAGAACUAUUUGCGACAAAUGAGGAUGGAUCGCCGUCAACAAAUCGUGUGUAUGCAGAGCUGAGUUCUGGUUGGAUUUGGAAUGAGGAACAGCCCAGCAAAUGGGCCUGGAUCCUAUUAGCAAACUUGCCAAUCAGCAAGUUCUCAUCACAGGAGUUUCAUGGAAGUCACUUAGCUGAUGAGGCCAAGGGAAUGCCUGGUCUCCUGCGGAAAAUACUUUACCACAAGUGUCUCUGCAUAAUCCUUAAGCCACUCCACAACUUCGCAGGAUCCAAGCAGCCAAUCGUUCCAAUCCCCUUGCUUGAUGCACAGGGAAUGGUACGAAUGUGUGUCUUGACCCUCAUGGCCUGGAUUGCUGACUUGGAGGAAGUCCUAGACCUCCUUCAACGAAAUGAGUGCCCGAAGUGUGUUGCCAAGUACAAGGACCUUGGGGGCAGCUGGACAUGCAAGAUGUGA